GGGCUUGUGCCCGCAUCCCUCCUGCCCGGCGGCGGCGGCGGCGGCGGCGGCGGCGGGGCCGCCAUGAGGUAGGUGGGAGCUCCCUGUAGCCGAGUGAGGCAGCAUGGCAAUGUUCCUGGGGGCCAGGAAUGCCCACUCGGUCCUGAAGCGCUUUCCCCGAGCCAACGGCUUCCUGGAGGAGAUUCGGCAGGGCACCAUCGAGCGGGAGUGCAUCGAGGAGGUCUGCAGCUAUGAGGAGGUCAAGGAGGUGUUCGAGAACAAGGAGAAGACGAUGGAGUUCUGGAAGGGCUACACCAACUCUGUCUACUCUGUCAAGGACCCCGGGCACAACACAGAGCGCUCAGACGCUAUGUACGUGGUGGUGCCCCUCUUGGGAGUGGCCCUGCUGAUAGUCAUCGCCCUCUUCAUCAUCUGGAGGUGCCAGCUGCAGAAGGCCACCCGCCACCGCCCUUCCUACGCCCAGAACCGCUACCUGGCCAGCCGAACGGGACGCAGCCUCCCCAGGGUCAUGGUGUACCGGGAGCGGUCGCAGAGCCAAGGGGAAAAUCAGCGAGAAGCGAGCAACCGGGGGGCUGGAGACGGCAGGGCAGGAGGCACCCCUCAGCAGGAUGGCACCCUCUGUCCGCCAGAGCAUUCGGUCUCUGUCCUCUCCAGACUGUCCAGUGCCACCCCUCCGCCUUCCUACGAGGAGGUGACGGGGCACCCAGAGAGCAGCAGCAGUGAGGAGACCAGCAUCUCCUACAAUGACCCACCGCCAAAAUAUGAAGAGAUCGUGGCUGCUGCCCCCACUGCGGCCAAAUAGCGGGUCUGUGUCCCCAUCGCCUCUUCACACACUCAUGCUCAUUCACCCACCCACCCCUUGCCGUGCCCGGAACCCCUUUCAGGUGCCAGUUGGCUCCCCUCUCACUUGUACCGUCACUUGGUGCCAUCACACAGUAGCCUUACCCUCCUUACCAAAAACAGCUGUCCCCUAGCAGGGUGAGGAUGGGAUGUGGGGAUGGCUCUGGAGUUUACCAGCCAUCUCCUUCGCCUCGCUCCCCGCUCACGUAAGUGCUGCAGCAGCCGGAGCAGAGCAGCAGCUUGUUCCUGGCUCAACGCGGGGGUCUCCCCAUGGUGCAUUUGAUUUCCUCACUGGCUCUCAGACGAAACAUUUCCCACGAUUAAAACAGCCUCACUGCC